UGAGAGGCAGAAGCUCAGGAUGUCUACGCACUGAUUUGGAUGGGUUGCAAAGUUUAGUUGCAUUUUUUGCUAACCAGUUCCUCCAGCGGGCGCACCCUCUGACCUCGCCGUCAUGGGGGUUCUUUUCCUCAAUUUGUCGGUACUUUUCAUCGAGCACAGGCCCAUCAACAACACGCCGGCCGAGAAGACGGUGUACGAGGGCUGCAGGAACAUGCCGGCCGUCCUCAUCUGGUACCUGGGCCUGCAGUUCAUCAACAUGUUCUUGGGCAUCCCGGCCAACAUCAUGGUGCUGUGGCUCAUUCACAAGAACAAGGGCGACUCGUCCACGUCGGACAUCUUCAUCCUGCACUUGGCCGUGCUGGAUGUCCUCUUCUGCCUCAUCCCUCCCUUAGAGCUGGCCAACAUCGUCUUCCUUACCACGAGCAGCACCUGGUACGUUCUGCGCUUCUUUUAUGGCAUGAAAGAUUCCUCGCCGCUCUUCCUCUCCUGCAUCUGCCUGGACCGCUACGUGGCCGUGGUGCACCCGAUCACCUUCACCAAGCUGAAGGACCGUCAGCACCGGGCGGGCCUCGCCAUGCUGGUGUGGCUCAUCACGCUGGCCUACGCCACCGCCAAAUGCAUAGGCAACAUCGUCAACUUCGAGAAGGUCUUCACCGCUAUGAUCCUCGCCGCCUUUGCCGUCAUGGUGUUCUGCAACAUCGCCAUCCUGUGGGUGCUGCGGCAGUCAGGGCCCGGCCGAGACGAAAUGCAUCCGGUGAAGAAGAGGGCCUUCAAGAUGGUGCUCAUAAUUUUGGCCAUCAUCGUGUUCAACUACUUCCCGCCCGUGGCGCUCUUUCCAUUCCAGCACUACUUCUCGCCCGAUGUCUUUCGCUGCUACAUCCACUACGUCGCCUUUGGCCUGAUGGACUUCAGCAGCAGCAUCCAGCCCGUGCUCUACCUGUCCAAGGAGAAGGUGUCCUGUCCCAGCUGCUGCCAGCCCAACUCCACACACCUCCAGUAGCGGGUCCAAUGUGUACAUUUCUGUUGUCGCAAAGCCAUCAUCAGGUCUUUGGAGACAUCCAAUGAGAUCCAGUACAGAAGAUCCCACCAGAUAUCGCUUGCAUUUCUCUUUUUUUUCAUGCAUUCCAAGACGCAAAGAGAACAAUUAGAGCUAUACUAACUUAUACUAAGUACUAAGAUCUCAGUGCUGUAGAUCAUGUUGUCCAAACUUUCUUCCAAAGCUGAAGGACACAGGGGCCACUUUGCUGUUUGUCUCCGUUAGUUUUAUGAUUAAGCAUGCUAAAACCAAGUUUAUUCAUAUACUUUUAUUUAAAUAAAACAAGCUGUGUGCCUCAACCGGUCCUAUGUUGUCACUAGUGAGUGUAUCAUUAUGCAUAGAUGUCCCUG